CAUCUCUGCUGCUGUGGCCUUGCUUUCCUGCACGCUUCUCUCCUACCCCACUCCACAAGCCCUGCCUCUCUCAUGUGCCAAGUGUGAACAUGAGCUGGCCACACAGCCGGCCCUGACGUUUCACCCACUUGGCAGGAUGGCUAUUUUUGUGCUCUGGGACAUAGCUGAGUGGUCACUGUGCUAUCCCAAACUCGUGCCAGCUGAGUCCUGUUGCCCUGCUGUGGGAAGAGGCUGCAGACUCCCCCAGCCAUCCGAAAUCCAGAGCCCAGGGAGAGAAGGAAAGGGGAAGUGCCGGACAGCUGUUCUCAGUGAAGGACCGUGCGGCCGCCCCUGAGCAGCGACCAUGGGCCUGCUUGCCUAUCUGAAGACCCAGUUCGUGGUGCACCUGCUCAUUGGCUUCGUCUUUGUGGUGAGUGGGUUGGUUAUCAACUUCACCCAGCUGUGCACACUGGCCCUCUGGCCCAUCAGCAAGCAGCUAUACCGCCGCAUCAACUGCCGCCUGGCCUACUCGCUCUGGAGCCAGCUGGUCAUGCUCCUGGAGUGGUGGUCCUGCACGGAGUGCACUCUCUUCACCGACCAGGCCACCGUGGACCGCUUUGGGAAGGAGCACGCAGUUGUCAUCCUUAACCACAACUUCGAGAUCGACUUCCUCUGUGGGUGGACCAUGUGCGAGCGGUUUGGCGUGCUGGGGAGCUCCAAGGUGCUGGCUAAGAGGGAGCUGCUUUGCGUGCCUCUCAUCGGCUGGACGUGGUACUUUCUGGAGAUCGUAUUCUGCAAAAGGAAGUGGGAGGAAGACCGGGACAUUGUCAAAGAGGGGCUGAAGCGUUUGGCAGACUACCCAGAAUGCAUGUGGUUUCUCCUCUACUGCGAAGGAACACGCUUCACAGAGACCAAGCACCGCAUCAGCAUGGAGGUGGCUGCCUCCAAGGGGCUGCCCCCACUCAAGUACCAUCUGUUGCCCCGGACCAAGGGUUUUACCACUGCAGUCCAGUGCCUCCGGGGGACAGCUGGAGCCAUCUACGAUGUGACCCUGAACUUCAGGAAUAGUAAGAACCCGUCCCUGCUGGGAAUCCUCUAUGGGAAGAAAUAUGAGGCGGACAUGUGUGUGAGGAGGUUCCCCCUGGAAGACAUCCCCACAGAUGAGAACGACGCAGCCCAGUGGCUUCACAAGCUGUACCAGGAGAAGGACGCCCUGCAAGAGAUGUACAAGCAGAAGGGCACAUUCCCAGGAGAGCCAAUCAAGCCUGCCCGAAGGCCGUGGACCCUCCUGAACUUCCUGUGCUGGGCCACCAUCCUACUGUCCCCCCUCUUCAGCUUCGUCCUGGGUGUCUUUGCCAGUGGAUCCCCACUCCUCAUCCUGACGUUCUUGGGGUUUGUAGGAGCAGCUUCCUUCGGAGUCCGAAGACUGAUAGGAGUGACCGAGAUAGAAAAAGGCUCCAGCUAUGGCAACCAAGAGCUUAAGAAAAAGGAAUAAUUAAUGCUGUGAUUGAACACCCAUAACCUGACGCGGUAUCCAAUUAACUCAAUUAAAAACAGAACACACGAGAACGAGGGAAAGAGACACUUAGAGACUAUUUUUCUUAUUAACUGGUGACUAAUAUUAACAAAACUUGAGCCAAGAGCAAAGAACUCAGCUGCCAGGUGAAGAUGGUCAGCCAGCACCCAGGGUCCCAUCGGCCCUCUGCGGGGACAGAGGCGGGCUUGGGGAAGGUGGUGGGGCCGUGGGGCUCCCCCAAAACUUUGCCUCCAAGAGGCGGCCUUGGCUGCUCUCCCUUCUUAAACUUAGAACGAGGCUUUUGUUUCUUAUUUCUUAUUUUGGGAACUUAACCUGGCCCCCACCUUGUGCCCUGCACCCCAGAACACUGGCUCUUCAUGGGUGCCGCUGUCCUCAGGGGGGCAGGUCAGCUGGAUCCUUGUCCUACAGAGCUCAUUUGUCCUGCCCUGCUUAGCACCUCUGCUUCUAGCCAGGGGGAGGAAGUCUUAGAGAUAAGCACACACUGAAUGUAGAUCUGGCCCCUUUGUCCCUGCUCUGCCCAGGGGCUGAAGACCACCCCUCCGUCCUCUGCAACACCAUUGGCACUGCCUCUUUGGAGGCUGUGUUUAAGCACCUUAUGUCUCUUUUUAAAGUGAACGCCCAAGAACUCUGCAGAAUGUGGAAUCCCUGAGUUCAUACAGCACCUCGUACAGGUCCGUGGCCCCCUCGUCCUCUGUCGCCAGCAGGCUGCAGUCCUGCACAGGGCCGGAUGGGAAAGUCACCUGGGCCCCACACCUCUGAGCUGCAGUGUCUGGGGUCUCCAGCCUGUGGGACUCCCCUGGGACACUCUUCAGGAGGUGGUGUCACCAUCAGGCCUCCUUGUUCUCAGACACCUUUAGUGCUUGUUAGCAUUAGAAUUUAUUUUUACAAAUUGGUCUGUGGCUGGCUCGCAGCUUCUCCCUGCCCUCAUCCUCUCCUGCCUCUGCCCAGGCAAGUGUCAUGGCUGCCGUCCACACCCACCGUUGCCCAACACCACUUCAGUGACAGAAGCUGUCCUGGCAGACAACAGGGGUCCUCCGUCUGCACUUGGUGCCUUGCCAGGGUCCCUUUGGGCUGGCCCUGGAGGCACAUUGUCCUUUUUACUCAGCGCAGGAAGGCCUGCCUGGUUUCUGGGAGACCUAGGUCCUCGGGAAACACCAUCAUAUACUUUUACCUUCUGUCUGGAACCUUCCACAGUCCCUUUUAAAGUCAUUUCAUGUUUUCUAACAAGGAAAAACCGGGUAUUCUUUCUGGCAUACUGCAGCCAGAGUUCAGAGUAAAGGCAGAGAAGAUUUAUAGGGCACGCCGGAAGAAGGAGACCUGGAGAAGCCUGAGAGUAGCCCGGGCCUGACUCCUCAUGGCAGCUUGCCCACUUUACAGAAGAUGCUCCUGGCCUCUGCAGUCCGUGCACAACAGAGUGGCUGUGGACUGCUCCUCUCGUUCUUGGGCGGUGGCAACAAACGACUGCUUAUAAGGAUGAAGGAUUAAGUCAAGCAAACUGAGACACUGAUUCUCUCCCUCCAGGGGAAGGCUUGCCCGCCCUGGCCUCUGCCAGUUCUUGAGCCAUCUUGGGCACUCCCGAGGGCCAGCUUCCUUCCUGAUGGGGUUUUUCUUCUGCCUUUCUGCCUGCUUGAGGUCUCUGUCCUUCCCCCACCCACCGUCACUCACAAAUGCGAAGGAAACAGGCCAGUGGGCCCUGCCAUGCAUGCACCUGGCCCCGGAUAAAGAGAGCUCAGAGCCUUCACCAUUUCGCUAAUGCCUCUGACUUCCUCAGAAGCCCUGAGCCUUGAGAUCAGUCUGUGAAUGACCCAAGGAGUCCAGGCUGCAGGCUUUGCCCUCCUAGGCCUCCCCCUGCUUGUUUCCAAUACAGUGCUUCUGAGAGCAAUACAAACUACACUAGGAAUGUGGGUGUGGGAAUUUUUGUUUUUGUUUUUUGUUUUUUUGGUUUUGGUGGGGUUGGAUUUUGCUUUUCAUCUGCUUCAGAAGGAUAUGGGGAGGAGAGCCUCUUUGAUUUUUCUAUUAAAUUAAUAAAUCCCAGAAUAAUG